UUCGGUUUCAGUUUAUACCCAGCUUUCACAUCAGACACACAUUGUACCUUUCGAUUGGAAAACGAUGCCAGUUUUGAAACUAUACACUUUCUACACCAAAUUCUUUCCAUCCGCCAAAGUGCGUCGCAAGGAGUUGGCGCGCAGGUGGUACUUGUUGAAGUUCAGGCGGAUGCGAGAGUUCCGAAGUGAGCUCACAGCCAGGACUACCCGCCAAUCCGUGCCGUCAUCCGUGGGUAACAGCGAACUGCUCUCGAAGCAUGUGAUCGGCAGCUUUCGACUGCAAUUGCAGUGCGAUUCGUACUCGAAGCGGCUUGAGAUCACGGCCACACUGGCGAACCCCGUAGUUCCGCCGGAUGCGGAUCCCGCGCCGGAGGAGGAGCAGCUCUACGAGCUGUACAUCUGCAGUAGCCAGGGCCAGUUGCUGGGCAAGGUUCCGUUCAUGGAGAGCGACUACCGACGCGCAGCCCGCACGGCCAUCGAUUGCAUGACCAUCUAGACAUUCGCCCGCAACGUUUUUGCCAUUUCAAAAUCCCCUUUGUUGUGCAUUCCCUUUGACAUGAAAGGGGAGGAGGAGGAGGUGGAUGAGGAGGUGGAAUAUUUUUCAUCCUGGGAACGGCCAAAUGACAGCCAUUACUUGCGAUGUACUAGGACGACAUGCUGAACGGACUGUCGAGUAUCGAUUACCUGUUACGACUCCAUUUUCAUAGCUUUCAUAGCUCCUGCCGCUUUGUGGCAAAUUGUAAAAAGCUGUGAACAGCUGUAGAACGAUAUUUGGACCUUAAAUUUUAAGUAAAUUCAUUAAAUAAUUUAAAGUGGCUUACAGAAGCUUUAGCAGAUUUAUACAGCAUAAUUACCUUAGUAAAUAAAAUUUAUCAAGAGACGAAA